UUGCCUGCUCACUCGGAAUCGGAAAUUGUCGGAAAUCGCACUCAGAUUCCAGCUGUCAAAAGGAAGGUUUCCCUGACUGACGACGCGGGUCCUUAAAUUUUUAAAUUUUCCUUGGGUUAAUUGAUUUUCAUCUCGUCGGUGCUGCUCCCGUGCAAGUGGCGAGUGAGGCUGUGCCUUUCGGUGCUCGAGUGGUCAAUUAAAAACGAACAGGAACCGGGCAAUUAGUGCCCCAGUGAAGUGGCCGUUUCCCCGGGGCUGGACUGUGUCGAAUUGCGCUUGGUGAAGUGUUUCGUGUCCGUGAGUUGCAUAUGCCAGGCUUCCACAUCAAUGCUAUGGGAGAAAUGGUCCUGGACGCCGUUGACGACAUUUGCGUGGUGGACGUGUACGACCUGGCGUCCGACAUCGGCAAGGAAUGCGAGAAAAUCAUUGACCACUUUGGCCCCGACUCGGUGACCAGUUUGAUGCCGAAAGUGAUUAACGCCCUGGAGCUGCUCGAGGCGCUGGCCACCAAGAACGAACGCGAGAAUGCAACGGUGCAGGAGCUGAACGACAGGAUCAGCCAGUUGGAGAGCGAGAAGCUGGAGAAGGCGGAGUUCAGGAAGCGGUUCGAGAAGGAACUGGAAUCAAUAGAAGAACAAUGGCGAACAGAGACACGUGAAUUGGUUGAUCUAGUCAGUAGUCUUCAAGAAGAAAAUAAACGUAUUAUACAACAACAGCAGGAACUGCAAUCGCAAGCGUCAUCAGGUCUUGGUAACAGUUUAACAGACAGCGUGAUAAGUAUUACAAACUACGAACUUUCAAAUACAGUAUCGGACAGCCAAGUUUUACAACGACUGAAACAACAAAUCCACAAACAACGAGAUGAGAUUAAAACCAAAGAUCGUGAAUUACAAGAGAAAAUUGGGGAUGUUGAAAAUCUGAAUAUCCAAAUUGAAAGACUGAAGAAUUCAGGACGUGAAACACGUCGACGAAAUAAACUUUUACAAGUUCAAGUGCGCACCUUGUGCGAGGAGCGGGCUGACUUCUUAGCACAAUUGCAAGAUCAACAUCGGGAGAUCAAUGCACUGAAACGUCGAUUAGGUAUAGCUGAGAAAGAGAAUGAGGAUUUAGUGAAGUCAGGCGAUGAAUGUGAUCCUAACCGACCAAGAUACACUACAGUAGAACUUAAGGAGCUAAUGAUAGAGCGAGAUGAGCUUGUUACCAAAGUAAAUGAUUUGUCUGAAGAGUUGCGAGCAUUGAAACCAGUGGAUAAAACAGACGGUAUUGAUCCUGGAGAGGAAACACCACCUGAAGAUGAUCCCCCAGUUCAGGGACCCCUUCCACUUGAACCGGACGAUGCACCCUGGAAAAAAAGUUCAGAAUCCGGAAUCAGAAAAUUCUUUCGCAAAUUAUUUUCGGAGCCUGACUCAACAAGUUUUCCACGUCGAUCGCUAUCGACGCUUUCUAAAAUGGCUUUGUCUGCUGGCCAUCAUGGUGAUAUUUCCAUCUAAGCAUCCACUACCCAUUCAUGCACUGAAAAAUGUUUACAGUCAAAUCAUAAAUAGUCUCUAUAAUGGUAUUAUGCCAAAAUCGAAUACAACACCUGUUCCGAAGGUCCUUGUUGAUGAAUGUGGGAAUUCAAAUGUCUGGUUUUAAAAAAGUGUAGUCGUAAGAGAAUUUUUAUGUAUAUUUAAGAUUUAAGUGAUGAAAGGAAACAAACAAACAAUUCUAUGAGAUAUCCAAGUGGAGCAUAUUUUAAAGGAGAAACCAAUUAUAGUAUUUAAGUGCCAAAUUUCUACAAAGUAUGCAGGUACUAUAUUUUAAUUAGUAAUAUGAGAUUUCUUUACACUAUUUAUUUUAUAUACACACAAGAGAACAACUCUUCCACAUAUCAACUGACUAAAAUAUUCAUGAUUCCUACAUUCCUUCAGCGAUUUCUUUUGUAUUGCGUGGCCAGGCACAAGUUUUUAGUCUUAAAUUUUGUGAUAUUCCCCUGUCAGGACUCAGUUUCAUUUAUCGGAAUUUCAUCUCGCUUUUUAUCUUUCUUUCACGUGAUUUCAAACAUCAACACCAAUAUAUUAUCAAGAUUACGUAUUGUACGUGGAUACUGAAGUAAGUAGUGACUUUGUCUAAAUCCUCCUACAUUUUACUUUAAAACUAUCGCGAAAUAUUGAAGCGAAUGGAAAAAUUUAUUUAAAAUUGUUAGUUUAUUGCUUGUUGGCAAAUAUGAUAAAAGUAGUCACAAAAUAUUCGUGAUACAUAUCUGGAAACCACAUUUUAUAAUGGAUGAUUGCUUUCUGUAUUUAUUUUCAAUAGAAUUGAAGCUACAAUUUCUGCUUUUAUAAAACUUCGUCUUAUGUAUGAAUGUCACUUUUAGCUAUAUUUGUUUGGAAUAGUGUUGCAUUGGCCUACAGUCACUAUUAGAGACUUCCUUAGCUUGUGAAGGUCCACAACAUACUUCACAAGUUUUCCUUACUUGCGAAGUACGUUAUGGACUGUUGGAUUUGCUCCGAAAUAGAAUAACUUGAUUGGUCACUUAUUUUGUUGAUUUAGAAUGUGGUUUUCUGUGAAAUAUCACUUGCGUAGCUGUUUCGAACAAUUUAUUGUAGUCGUUGAUCGUGUUAUUGUAUUUAUAAAUGAAAGGUAUUAUAGUGCAAUUAAUCGAUUAUAUGUUGCAAAGGAAAAGAGAAUAAAAUGACAACUGAUAUGAAAAUUUAAA